CCUCGCCUGGCUUCCUCUCGUCGCCGGCUGGGUGCUGAAGUUGGGCGGAUGGCAGCGCACCACCGCCGCUAGAGGACCGAGCCGCCUGCCCGCGCCCCCGGACCGCUCGGUGCGCUGCCCACCCUCCAGGCAACUGGCUGACUGGGUAUUGAAGCAGCUGAAAUGCGAAAAAGGCAGCAGACACAAAAUGAAGGAACGCCCGCUGUGUCUCAAGCACCUGGGAACCAGAGACCCAACAACACGUGCUGCUUUUGCUGGUGCUGUUGUUGCAGCUGCUCCUGCCUCACUGUUAGGAAUGAAGAAAGAGGGGACGGUGCGGGAAGGCCUACACUGACCACCAAGAUGGAGAGCGUGCAGGUCAUUGAGGAAUGCCAAAACCCCACUGCUGAUGAAGUCUUGUCCUGGUCUCAAAAUUUUGACAAGAUGAUGAAGACACCAGCAGGAAGAAACCUUUUCAGAGAGUUUCUCCGAACAGAAUACAGUGAAGAGAAUCUCCUCUUCUGGCUUGCAUGUGAAGAUUUAAAGAAAGAGCAGAACAAAACAGUUAUUGAAGAAAAGGCCAGGAUAAUAUAUGAAGAUUACAUUUCUAUACUGUCACCAAAAGAGGUCAGUCUGGAUUCUCGAGUUAGAGAGGUGAUCAAUAGAAAUCUGUUGGAUCCGAAUCCUCACAUGUAUGAAGAUGCUCAACUCCAGAUCUAUACCUUAAUGCACCGAGAUUCUUUCCCAAGGUUUUUGAACUCUCAAAUUUAUAAGUCUCUAGUUGAAAGUACUGCUGCUGGCUCUGCUUCUGAGUCUUAAUUUUCAUUUAAAACAACAAAAAAAAUGAUUUUGGAGGUCUGGGAUGGGAAGUGAAAUUAGUUAAAUAACCGGGGGGGGGGACAGAGUUCCCAGAGAAUGAGAAUUUAGCAUUCCUCAGGCGACUGUGAACACAGUACCACCAUUCUGGUCUUUGUCUCCAUUUUUAUCAAGGUUAUUCAUGGUUCAGUUUGGAAAAAAUACCACUUCCAACCAAUGAAUUGCCAAAUUGAGUUUGUUUUAUUCAACAAUCCAUUCUACUUGCAAGCAAACUGUAUUUGUACUCCUAGAAGAGUCUCCUAGUGUACUACCAGACACUGCAUGUCCGCAGUAACUGCAUCCUUUCCGUGUAGUUGUUGUAAUUAAUAGUUACCCCAAAUGGCAUAACUUAUAUCUGUAUUUAAGGACUUUUGUGCAAUAUGGUCUUAUAGAA